AUGGCAUCCAGUGACCGCAAUACUGUCUAUGUCGUCCUGGGAGCCAAUAAAGGUAUCGGUCUUGGACUCGUGCAAGCACUGCUUGUCAGACCGCGAACCACUAUCAUCGCUACCGUCCGCCCUGGGGCGCCGGUCGUGUCGCUGUCUGAAGCAUGUUUGAAGACUUCCCAAGGGGAGGGAACCCAAUUGCACACCCUAGCGGUCAAUUUUAGCACAACCACUGAAACGAGCGCACUCAAAACGUUGCUGGACCAUGAGAUAAGGCCAAAAGUCAACCAUGUCGACGUCUUCAUCAGCUCAAUCGGUCAUACAGAUGUGAUGAAACCGGUGCUCGAAACCUCGCCUCGAGCGAUGAGGGAGCAUUUUGAGGUUAACACCAUCACCCCAUUGACUUGGCUGCAGGCUUUCUGGCCGUUGAUGGGCGCGCCCUUGGACGAGGCGGUGGCAGCUGCUCCGACGAAGAUAUUCUUCCUCUCGUCCAGUGUUGGCUGCAUCGGCGAAUGGAUGGAGCCGAUGCCCGGCGGCGCUUAUGGACCAGCCAAAGCUGCGCUCAACUGGGUCGUCCGCAAACUGCAUUUCGAGCUGGAGAACUGGGUCCAGACUGAAAUGGGCGAUAUCGCGGCAAAGUCCUGGAAUUAUCCAGGCAAGCCACCGCUUACCGUUGCACAGAGUGUUGGGGGUAUCUUGAGCCUGGUCGAUGGCGCCACUCGUGAGAACUCCUCUGGCAAAUUCCUCUCCUACGACGGAAAGGAGAUUCCCUGGUAG